AUGUGGAUGGCUAAAGACCAAGCCCUAACAAAUAUUCAGUCAAACAGUUCAACUCCAGCGACAACAGCACUUGACUUCGGAAGCGAUUGUUUCACUACUCAGGAUAGCCUCACUUCUGUCCCUUCUGGUGAUUUGAGAUGCCCAUCGCUGACUAAUAUGACGUACAAUAUGGGUUCUCCAUCGACGUCUGGCAGUAUUCAGGGUCUUUCAACAGCUCUAUCGUCUUGUACCAACAGAAGCAGCAGUUUAUGCAUUCAUACUUCUCCAGUUAUCAGUCUGAAUAUAGGUGAAGUCACUAACACAUUUGAAAGCCCUACUUUUAUUGACGUGAAAAAUGAAAAAAACAAACAACUCACUUGUGAAAUUAAUACCAUGGUUGUAAAAUCCAAAUCCGGCGUUAAACUAACUGCCAAAAAACAAACUACGGGAAAAUUUUCCCGGGAGAAAUUCGAAUCAAGCAGUAGUGCUAAUUCAUCUGAGCCUGAUACUAGUAAAGUAAAAUUAUCAAAUGACAAGCAACCUUAUUCUCACAGGUAUCGACAACCUCGUUCUCUAGCCAAUCGGAAGUCUCAACGAGAUCCUGUAAGCUAG